AUGGCGGCCGCCUCGGAGGAGGCCAUCAAGCAGUUCUCCGUGCUCAUGGAGCAGCUUGAGGAGCCGCUCAAGACCACAUUCCAGAAUGUGCACCAAGGAUAUCCACGAGGGACUCUGCUGCGUUUUCUCAAGGCCAGAGAAUGGAACGUUCCUAAAGCAUAUAAAAUGCUAAUGGAUUGCUUGAAUUGGAGGCUUCAGAAUGAGAUUGACAGCGUUCUAGCCAAACCAAUAUUGCCCGCUGAUUUGUAUAGAUCUAUUCGUGAUACACUACUUGUUGGAUUAACAGGAUAUUCCAAGCAGGGUCAACCUGUCUAUGCAUUCGGUGUUGGGCUCAGUACCUUUGACAGAGCAUCGGUGAACUACUAUUUGCAGUCUCACAUACAGAUGAAUGAGUAUCGAGAUCGUGUUGUCCUGCCAGGUGCAUCUGAGAUGUCCGGAAAACAGAUUAACACCUGCUUGAAAGUUAUGGAUAUGACUGGCCUGAAGCUUUCUGCUUUGAACCAAAUAAAGAUGUUGAGCACGAUAACAGCUGUUGAUGACCUUAAUUAUCCUGAGAAAACCGAGACGUAUUACAUCGUGAACGCUCCAUAUGUUUUUUCGGCAUGUUGGAAGGUUGUGAAGCCUCUUUUACAAGAGCGAACUAAAAAGAAGAUCAAAGUCUUGUAUGGCCCUGGAAGAGAUGAAUUACUGAAGGUUAUGGACUACGCGUCACUCCCGCACUUCUGCAAGAGGGAAGGGUCCGGUUCAGGCUCGUCGUCGGAUGAAGUCGACUGCUACUCGUACGACCAUCCAUUCCACCAGGAGCUGUACAACUAUGUGAAGCAGCAAGCUCUGAGGAACCAGGACAGCGUCGGCCCCGCGAAGCAAGGGUCGAUGCAUGUGAGGGUGCCGACGCCGGACCUGGAAGAGGCCAAGAUCAUGGAGACGAUCCAGUCGGAGCUCCACAGCCUCAAGGGAGGCGACGGCAUUUCCCGCUCCUUCAGCAGGAUCACCAUCGAAGGACCAUGA